AUGUCCCGAUUCGGCGCAAAGAAAGGCAGAAAGCUCCCCGGAGCCGAAUUCACUUGGGAGGCAGAUCCCAGCGGAGAACCUGAUACGGCGCCGACGCCUUUGUUCCCGGUUCUAAUCAUGUCUCUCUACAACCAGAAAUACACCGUCCCCCGCGCCAGACCUCUCACCUCGCAGGAACAAUUGCAGGUGGAUUUCUAUCGUACUCUCCGGGAACGGUUCCACGAUGGCCCGUAUUACUCGAUUCUGGAGGGGGCGGGGUCGACGAUGAAGAAGGAUAGCGCGGCGCGGGUGAACUUCGAUCCGUUUCAUGGCAUGCCUAGUUAUUCGGGCAAGUAUCAGAAAAAGAAGAGGGCGUUGCCGAGGUUACAGGGGAGACAGUAUGUGAUGAAGUUCUUCCCCCGGGAAUUGUGGCAGACAAUUCAGCCGACGUUCAAGCCCGAUGCCGCGAUGGAUGGGUACGUGCCGCAGGUGGCGCGGGCCGGGGUGAAGCGGGGAUUCGAGGACGAUGAUGAAGAGGAAGAUGAGGAUGCGGCGAAGCGGGCGAAGGCUGGUGGUGAGGAGGGUGAAGGAGCUGAGGAUGAUGAUGACGGGGACGGGGAUAUCCUGGAUCCGGAGGAGGAGCAAGAAGGGGAGGAGGAGAUUGAAGAUGAUGACUUUGAGGAUGAUGAUGAUGAGAUGGGUGGGGAUUAUAACGCUGAGCAGUACUUUGAUGGUGGUGAUGAUGAGUAUGGGGAUGAUGGGUUCGGAGAUGGUGGUGGUGGAGGGGAGGAGGAUACUUAUUAG